AGAUCCUUAUGUCAGUGAGAGAUUUCAGAUUUUGUUGCUAUUGCUGUAACUCUGAUUAAACUCUGUGAAGCUUUAUAAGUAAAACAAAACUUGAUAACUUUCAUUUUGGAAAAGACGUUUAAGAUAGGAAAGAUGCGUUUACACAUGAUUGCAGUGUUGACUCUACUUGGAGUUGUUAAUUAUGCGGCCGGUAUUGAUUAUGACGGGUGGUUGAACAUAAAGAUUGAACACUCUCUAAAUUGUGGACAUGAAAGGUACUGUUCAAGAGGAAACAUAUCAUUAAAAAGUAUUCGAGCGGGCAGCACUUCAGUUAUAGAACAAAUACCAUUCACUAAGCAACACAUUGAGGAAUUAAAGAGUAUAGCUGAAGUCAAUGGAUUCUACACAAUGAGGACUGUAGUAACAUCUGCAGACAACAGCAAGGGAACAGAAUUCUUCUCCUCUGUUAAAGCAGAUGCCUUCUUAGAGAAUGGCUUGUCUGAUGUCAUUAAUGCUUGGGUGCUACCAAACGGUGCUGUCAUAGCAGUCAGCUUCCAAGUUACAAAUUCUUCACAACCCCUACUCAAAGGUGCCAGUAGCCAUAAGAUCAACUCCAACUUCUUCCUGCGCUACGUGGAGCAGGCUCCUGUACCUGAUACAGCUUCUUACAUCCAGAAACUUGAACGAGAGAGAGAGGCAAGGGAGAAAGGAGAUGUAAAGGAUAACAGAUCAUUUUUAGCUAAAUAUUGGAUGUAUAUUGUACCAAUUGCUAUAUUUGUAAUGAUAUCAGGAGCAACAAACCCUGAACCAGCUGGAGCUCAAGGUGGACGCUAAAUAGAUGAAAAUAUACUAAUUUAAAUAUUUAAUCAAUGUGUCAGAGUAGUGAUAAGUUAUUUAUUAAUUAAUAAAA